GGUGAGAGACACACAGCUGCAUAGAGCAGCGAGCGAGCAUCCAAGGCCCUCGGCUUGUCUCUUCCCCCCUCUCACCGGUCGCCCACAACCCCUCUCCACAGGGUGCGUGCGACGCUGCAGUACAGGGAGGAGGAACAGCGAGCAAGAACAGCAGGAGCGGGCAGGCACAAAGCGCUGCUGCUGCUGCCGCUGCCAGCCCCGCACAGCCUGGGCUCCGAUAAUUGAUUGACGCGAACCCAGCUAUCACCUCCCCUUUUUGUUUAAUCCAUAGCAUAUAUAAUCAUCAAAUCCCCACCCAUCCCUGCACUUAUUUCUCGGUUCUUGGCACCUUCCUGUCUUUUCUAGAUUUCAUUGGAUCCCAUAUAGGGCCUCCACCACAUUCAUUUGCCUUGAUAGCCGCCAGCUGCUCCUCUUCCUCCCUUCUCCAGAUUUCUUGGCUCCCUGGGCUCCCUGGCUUGCCCAGAGAUUGCAACGAAAUCUUGCAGGGCUCUUCUUUGGUUUCUUGUUCAUGCUGGGAGCCAUGGAUGAGAGGAUCCCGCCGCCCCCUUUCUUCCAGUACUCGCCGUCCGGCGUCCAUUCUUCCCCUCACCACCACAACCCCAUGAGGUCGUCUGCCUCCGAGAGGGAGAGGUAUAUUGCUGAGUUACUUGCUGAGAGGCAGAAACUAGUUCCCUUCCUGCAAGUUCUUCCAUUUUGUAACAGGCUUUUAAACCAAGAAAUUCUGCGGGCAUCUUCUUUGCCACCUAACCCAAAUUUUGUUGAACCUGAGAGAUUCGAUUAUGGUAGCCCAUUAAGAUUAGCUGGCCACCCUAUGAACGGUCAACCAAUGGAUAUGGAGGGAUGGACUGGAAUGCAUGCAGAGCAUAUGGGGAUACACCAUUCACCAUCCAUGGGCUGGAAUGGUGGUCCUGGAGUUGUUGGCGGCCCUGUUGUGAAGAAACUUGUCAGGAUGGAUGUUCCAGCAGAAAAGUAUCCAAAUUUCAACUUUGUUGGCCGUUUGUUGGGGCCACGAGGAAACUCCCUGAAAAGAGUUGAAGCUACAACACAAUGUAGAGUCUAUAUUCGUGGACGUGGUUCAGUGAAAGAUACUGUGAAGGAAAACAAGCUUAGAGAUAAGCCUGGCUAUGAGCACUUAAACGAACCACUGCAUGUGCUUAUCGAAGCUGAGUUCCCGGCGGAUAUCGUUGAUGCGCGACUAAACCAGGCUGUGGUCAUACUGGAAGAUCUUCUCAAACCAGUAGAUGAAUCCAUGGAUUACUUCAAGAAGCAACAGCUGAGAGAAUUGGCAAUACUGAAUGGCACUCUAAGGGAGGAAAGCCCAAGCCCAAGCCCCCAUCUCAGUCCCAGUGUAUCACCGUUCAACUCCACCGGGAUGAAACGCGCGAAAACGGGCCGGUGAUCGUGCUUCUGAAUACUGAUUUGCCUGAGGUGACUAUGAUUUGAACAGAUCGCGCGCAAACCUGUUCUACUGCUGGAAAUGAUUCAUGAUGCAUAUGGGGGACCGGCCUUGAGGCUCGUCGCAUCUGUGAUACGAGCUGAGAUACAUCUUUGGAUGAAUGGUCGCUAUGGAAGAAAUUCGUUUCGUUCGGUCUGCUCGAGGAAUCGGGGCUUGCUGUUUGGUCUUAUUGAUUAUUCUCUGUGUAUCUAUCUGACUCCCAAAUAUUAACUUUAUCGGUUUGGAUUAGUUAACCGUGAUUGAUCUGUGGCUCAAAGUAAAAUAGUUGUGGACAAUAAUCCGGGUUUUUGUCAGUUGUAACAUGUCCGAGGGGGGUUGAUGUUCUUGUGAACAGACAUUGUUGGUCCAAUGUUAUGAACCGCAAGCAACGUCAUGAAGAUGACUCGCUUGCCUUGUACUCCCUCCGUUUCUAAAUAUAGGCCAUUCUAGAGAUUCCAAUA